ACCCGUCUUAGCCCCGCCCCGGCGGCCGGGCGCCCUGACAGCGGAUCCGCAGGCAGUUCCUGCACGGCUGCGUUUUCGGCAGCAGAGCUGGGCGCGGAUCCGCGGCUCGGGGACAGGUGACACUGCGCGGGACGACCCGAGUGGCCGACAGGCGGGAGGAGGUGGGCAUUCCGCGGGGACGUGACCGUGGGCUGCGGCGGUAGGCGCGGGGGUCGCUCCGACCCGUCAGGGGUCGCCGCGACGCCCGGGAUCCGCUGCAACGCGCCCUUCCGGCUUCGGAGCCGGGGGCGGGGCCGGCGCUGCGCGGCCAGCCAACCCCGUGCCUUCAUGCAAAUGAGGGCUUGGUGACGCCUCGGAGCCUCUUCAGCGCCCCCUUCCGGGGUCCGCGGCCAAGGGGCGGAGUCUGGGUUGCGCGGCCAGCCAACCGCGCUCGCGUAUGCAAAUAUACGCAGGCCCCGCCCCCAGGCGCGGCCCGCCGGGUCCUCCUGCCGCCUGCAGACCGCGGGCCGGACGCUCAGGCCCCAACGCUGCUUGCAGUUCGCGCCCCGCCGUCGGGGGGCGCCCGAGCGCCGCGGCCCCGCGCAUGCCCGCCCGGGAGCGCCCGCAGCCCCGCCCAGCCGGCCCCAGGCCCCGCCCAGCCGGCCCCAAGCCCCGCCCAGCCGGCCCCCAGCCCCGGACGCUGGUGUCUGGAAGCCGGGAGCCCCACGCUCACCCUCCGCAGUGUCAGCCGGGGCCGGGCGGGCUCCGCACGAGGCCCCGGAAGAUCGUGUUUGAGGACGAGCUACGUCCCCGGGCCCCAUUGCACGAAGAAAAGCCUCCCAAAGCCCCGGGACCCAGUCCCAACCCAGUGCCCGACUAUGAGCUUAAGUACCCGCCGGUGAGCAGCAGGAGGGAUCGGAGCCGCUAUGCCGCUGUGUUCGAGGACCAGCGCGGAGAGUUCUCGGAGCUCCAGCGCGAGGUGGGGGCCACGCAGGCCAAGCUCCGGCAGCUGGAGGCCCUGCUGAUGUCACUGCCCCCACCGCGCAGCCAGGUCAGCCCCGGGGCCUCCAGGGUGCUCCCUCUACCGGGUGGGCACUGCCAUCACAGCCCUGUCCGCCCUGCCCACCCUUCUGAGCCCCUGCCCCGCCUCGCCUUUCAGAAGGAGGCUCAGGUGGCAGCGCGUGUCUGGAGAGAGUUUGAGAAGAAGCGGGCGGAUCCUGGCUUCCUGGAUAAGCAGGCUCGCUGUCACUACCUGAAGGGUAAACUGAGGCACCUCAAGUCCCAGAUCCGAAAAUUCGAUGACCAAGAGGACAGCGACCGUGAGGACUCUGUGUACUUCUGAGUGUCCUGGAGAUGGUGGUGGCUUCUCGUCCGCUGAGAAGCCACACUCCAGUUCUUCCAGGGGAAGCAAGUCCUAUUGAGAAUCCCAGAGAAUAAACAUGGAUUAGACCCCUUCUGUGUG